CCGAUGUCCGAGGCCGGCGACGACGAUGCGAUUGAAUGGACGUGCGUGCCGUUCCAAGACAUGACCGUGACGACAUUGUACGACGCGAUGCAGCUGCGAUCACGCGUGUUCGUCGUGGAGCAAGAAUGUAUUUGGUUUGAAGUCGAUGGAUACGACAAGCGGUGCUGGCACCUCGUCGGCGUUGGAUCGGACGGAUCGAUCACGGCGUAUGCUCGCCUCAUCCCGCCCCUCCUCAAGGGCCCACACCAAAAGCGGCCCAUCAUCAGUCGGGUCGUGGUGCCACCCGAAUCGCGAGGCACGGGCAGAGGGCGUGUCCUCAUGAAGAAGGCGAUGGCGGAAUCCCAGAAGCUAUGGCCGACAGAGGGCAUUGAAAUUGGCGCGCAACAGCGGCUCGAGUCGUUUUACGUGAGCUUGGGCUUCAAGACAGUGUCCGAACCGUACGACGAAGACGGAAUCAUGCAUGUCGACAUGCACUACGGCUAGUGUUUCACUCAACACAGACACAGGAAAUGUCGCACACUCUAACGUCGUCACAGUUUGACGCGGCUAACACGACGGAACACAGUAGAACCUCACCCGCGUCUUCAAGCGGCUCUUGCGUGCUAGACCAUGGCCAACGCAGCUACGUUGUACCGACAACAGGGUCAUCGCUGGCC